AUGUCGAAACGCUCUGCUGAUGUCGAAAUGGGGGACGCCCCCCUCAAGGGUGGUGAUCGCCCUGAGGGUAUGGAGAUUGACGAGAAGGCCCCCGACAUGGGCGAGUUCGAGGACGAAUUCGAGGAUGAGUUCGAGGAGGACGAAAUUAUGGAGGCCGGUGUUGACGGACGCCCUGACGCAGAGAGGGAGGCUGAGGAGAAGGAAGCUGCCGUCGACCAGGGCACUUUCAUCGUCGGACGAAACAAGCUUGAAGCGGGACAGACACUCGCGCCCGACGUGUCUACCUACGAGAUGCUGCAUAACCUGAGCACGCCAUGGCCCUGUCUGUCUUUCGAUAUCCUCCGCGACAGCCUUGGUGACAACCGCAAGGUCUACCCCGCCACCAUGUACACCGUGGCUGGUACACAAGCAGAGAACGCCAGGGCUGGCGAGAACCAGCUGAUGGUUAUGAAAUUCAGCGGUCUGAGCCGUACGGAGAAGGACGACGAGGACUCUGAUGACGACGACGAAGAUGGCGAUGAGGACGCCGAGCCCAUUCUUGAGCACAAGGCGAUCCCCCUGAACUCGACUACGAACCGAAUCCGCGCCCACCAGAUCCCCUCGCAAGAUGCUUCCAGACCUCCUACCACUCUCACAGCCACCAUGACCGAGUCAUCCAACAUCUUCAUUCACGACAUUACUCCUCACAUCUACUCCUUCGAUAACCCGGGCACCGUCAUCUCCGCACAGCAAAACAAGCCAGUGUCGACCAUUCGCGCCCACAAAGCAGAGGGUUAUGCUCUUGACUGGUCCCCCCUUGUUCCCAGUGGAAAGCUCCUCACUGGUGACAACGAUGGUCUCAUUUACGUCACAACUCGCACCGACGGCGGUGGUUUCGUCACCGACACCCGGCCAUUCCAGGGUCACACCAGCAGCGUUGAGGAAAUUCAAUGGAGUCCCUCGGAACAGUCUGUCUUCUCAUCCGCCUCAAGCGACGGCACAAUCCGCGUUUGGGACGUCCGUAGCAAGAGCAGAAAGCCCGCGCUUUCAAUGCAGGUCAGCAACCACGAUGUCAACGUCAUGUCGUGGUCACCCCUCACGACGCAUCUGCUUGCGUCUGGCGCCGAUGACGGCGAAUUCGCCGUCUGGGAUCUGCGCCAGUGGAAGCAGAGCUCUACCUCUGCUGCCGACAAGCCCUCGCCGAUUGCCAGCUUCAACUACCACAAGGAGCAGGUCACGAGUAUCGAGUGGCACCCCACAGACGACAGUAUCAUUGCUGUUGCGGCGGGCGACAACACCGUCACCCUGUGGGACCUGGCUGUCGAGCUGGACGACGAAGAGAGCAAGGAUACCGGCGGCGUCAAGGACGUGCCGCCUCAGCUGUUGUUCGUCCACUACUUGUCCAACGUCAAGGAGCUCCACUGGCAUCCCCAGAUCACUGGCAGCUUGAUGGCUACCGGUGACGAGUUCAGUGUUUUCCGUACGAUUAGCGUUUAG